CUCCACAAAUUCAGUUUCUUUUUUCUUUCUUCUUCUUCUUCCUUACAAACAAAAAUACACACAGAAAACCAAAAACCAGCAAAAAAAGUAUUCAAAAUUUUCUCUCUCUAUACUGAACAUAAACAGUGUAAACUUUUCAUCUCUGAUACCUAAUUGAAUAAAUUUUCUUUGGGUAUCAGAGUUUUUAUUCCUUUUUUUUUUUUGAUUCUGUUAAGGGUGGCAUUAAAUUUGCAGAUUUUUUUUUGCUUCAAAAUUUGAAUUUGAUUGGUGAAUUUGGUAUUUUAGGUGAAUUGGAAUUGUGGGUCAUUGGUAUUUUUGGGUAUAAAAGAGCAUACAUUUUUAUUUUUUUUUUGGUUUGUGUGUGUAGAAGGUGUUCUUGAAUUAAGUGAUUUUUUUUUGUUUGAAAAUUGGACAUUGAUAGUGGAAUUUGGUAUUUUAGAGUUAUUGGAGUGGUGGGUCAUUGGUAUUUCUGGGUAUAAAAGGGGAUCAAUUUUCAUUAUUAUUAUUAUUAUUAUUAUUAUUAUUAUUAUUGUUUUUCUUUUUUCUUUUUUUCUGGUAAAGAGUGUUCUUGAAUUAACUGUUUUUUUUUUUUUGGUUUCAAGAUUGGAAAUUUAUUGUGGAAUUUGGAAUUUUAGAGUAAUUGAAGUGGUGGGCCAUCAGUAUUUUUUAGGGGGGAAUCAAAGUUUUUUUUUUUUUUUGGGUGUAUGUAAAUGGUGUUAUUGAAUUCACCAAAAUUGGAACUUGAUAGUGGAAUUUGGUAUUUUAGGUAAAUUGGGGUGGUGGGUCAUUGGUAUUUUUUUUUUGGGGGUGUGGGGGGAGAUCAAAGUUUAGUCCUUUUUUAUUUGUGUGUGAAAGGUGUUGUUGGAUUCACUGAAUUUCUUUUGUUUUAAAACUGGAACUUGAUUGUGGAAUUUGGAAUUUUAGGUGAAUUGGAGUGGUGGGUGAUUAGUAUAUUUGACUGAAAAAAUGGGUGUUUCACAGAAUGAUUAUAGUAGGAUGGAAGGUUGGUUAUAUCUAAUUCGUUCAAAUAGGUUUGGACUUCAGUAUUCAAGAAAGAGAUACUUCAUUCUUCAGGACCAGUUCCUUAGGAGUUACAAAUCUGUACCAGUUCUUGAAAAUGAGGAUCCUAUUAGAAGUGCAGUCGUUGAUUCCUGCAUCCGUGUAACAGACAAUGGCAGAGAGAGCAUUCAAAGAAAGGUCUUUUUCAUUUUCACUCUCUAUAACACCUCAAAUCACAAUGAUCAGCUGAAGUUAGGAGCAAGCAGUCCUGAGGAAGUUGCGAGGUGGAUCCAGGCAUUUCAGGAAGCAGCGUUAAAGGCAGAUACUAACAGAGGAAAUGCAGUUGAUUUUCCAAGCAGUGGUUCACAGUCUUUGAGGUUAAAUUGUUCCAACAAGUCUUAUCGUCUGAAUUCGAUUGAUUGGACCGUCUGUUCAUCCUCGGUUACAGAUGCUAUGACGUCUGAUGUUGUUGCACCCUCACCUUGGACAAUCUUUGGUUGUGAGAAUGGUCUUAGGCUCUUUAAGGAAGCUAAAGAUAGGGAAUCUCUUGGAAAGUGGGACGAUCACCCCGCGAUAAUGGCUGUUGGUGUAGUCGAUGGAACUUCUGAGGCCAUUUUCCAGACACUCAUGUCACUUGGUCCUUCAAGAUCAGAAUGGGAUUUCUGCUUCUACAAGGGCAGUGUGAUUGAACAUCUUGAUGGUCACAGUGAUAUAGUUCAUAAGCUUCUAAAUCGAGAUUGGCUACCUUGGGGUAUGACAAGAAGAGAUCUUCUUCUGCAGCGUUAUUGGAGAAGGGAGGACGAUGGGACCUACGUUAUUCUGUACCAUUCAGUGUUUCACCAGGACUGUGCACCUCAAAAGGGUUAUGUUCGUGCCUGCCUUAAAAGUGGAGGAUAUGUUAUAUCACCUGUGAAUCAGGGGAAAGGGUCAGUAGUCAAGCAUAUGCUUGCUAUCGACUGGAAAUGCUGGAAGUCAUAUGUUCGAACAUCUGCAGCCAGAUCUAUAACAAUACGCAUGCUAGGGAGACUCGCUGCUUUGCGGGAGCUUUUCAGUGCAAAAAUAGGAAAUUACUUGCCCUCUGAUGUCUCAGGGGAGCUGGUCAGAAGAAAAAGAUUGUGUCCAGUUGAAGAAGAAAUUAAGCUUGAAGUGCAAACCCACUUAGAAAAUGGAAAGAAUGUGCCAGAUCCGGAGGAAGAAGUAGUUAAAACACCUUCAAGUUUGCUGGGUUUAGACGAUGCGUCAGAUGAGUUCUUUGAUGUCUCUGAACCACUGGAUUAUGACCAAUCAGAAAAUGUCUGGUCUGCUGAUUUUGGCCCAGAGACAUACUCUCAGGAUUCACGUCAUCCCAAAUUGUCAACUGCUGCAGUUUUCGUGAAGAAGCUGCACGAUCUUGCAGUUCAGAAGAAGGGUUAUGUAGAUCUGCAUGAGAUGGCGAAGGAAGAUGCGUCAUCUUGCCACUAUGGAUCCACUCUACCUAAAGAUUCAACUUGUAAUUUGCCUUGCAGUUGGGCAGAAACAGAUCCUUCUACUUUUCUUAUUCGUGGAGAGACCUACCUAGAUGAUCGUAAGAAGAUCAAGGCUAAAGGCACCUUGAUGCAAAUGGUGGGUGCAGACUGGUUGAAGUCCGACAAACGAGAAGAUGAUCUUGGUGGUCGACCUGGGGGAAUUGUUCAGAAAUAUGCAGCAAAGGGUGGUCCGGAAUUCUUCUUCAUUGUGCACAUUCAGGUCCCAGGUUUAACAACAUACAGCCUUGCGCUCUACUAUAUGAUGAGUACCCCCUUAGAGGAUUCACCUUUGCUAGAGAGUUUUGUCAAAGGAGAUGAUGCUUAUAGAAACUCGAGGUUCAAGCUCAUACCAUACAUUUCCAAGGGAUCAUGGAUAGUCAAGCAGAGUGUUGGGAAGAAAGCUUGUCUUAUUGGUCAAGCGCUAGAGAUUAAUUAUUUUCGUGGAAAGAAUUAUAUAGAGCUUGGUAUCGAUAUUGGCUCGUCUACUGUGGCAAGAGGUGUUGUCAGUCUUGUUGUUGGUUACCUAAACAAUCUAGUCAUCGAGAUGGCCUUUCUUGUCCAGGCCAACACACCUGAAGAACUCCCUGAAUAUCUUCUAGGUACCUGCCGUCUUAACCAUCUGGACGUCUCUAAAGCCGUUCAAGUGAAACCGUGAUCUUUAUAUAUAAUCUUAGUUGGUUUCUAAACAUUCAAAGUGUAUCAUUAGGCUAGUCCAUAUGCUUACAGGAAGGUAGGUUUAUUUAUUUGCAUAGGUAACAUGAAUGACACCAACAUAAAACUGCAAAAACUGUUGUAAAAUGACUAGUGAAUGUCCAAUUCUUUGAUUCAAUCAAAAGCCACACCAGCAGAGUGCUGCAUUUAGUGUUA